UGGGUUUCUUUUAUACAACUAUUAUUGAAUGUGUAGCUGACUACAGGGACGUUAAUGAAAACAAAAAUCAAAAGAAUUAUUUCUUUUGGUACCUCAUGAAAUGGUUUAUUAAUGAUUAAUACGAUUAAUGUAAUCAAAUUUGGGCUGUUUAAUUAAACAGUUGUAUCAUAUUAGUGUCAAACCAUUUAGCUCGAUCGAUUCCUUGCUGUAGGACUACAGGACUGAGAAAUCUCACUGAAAACAUACUCAAAAAAAAUAAUGCCCUCCAUCGUCAUAGCUUUUCUGUGGACAGUAAUGUGUACCUGUUUUGUCCGUACUAUAACAGGGGAGGAGGACGUAAUAGCCAGUCCCGCCACUGAUCUCGCCUCUCAAAAUGCUCAGCUUCUUGAAGCCUGCUUAAACUUAUGUCAACAGGGUAUGUGUCCGAGUUCUUGUCCCCAGGCUUUCUUGGGACCCUGGUCAAAGAGGUCUCACCACAAAAGAAGGAUGUUUGGUCGGGGAGGAGGAUACGGCACGGGGUUUGACGAUUACGGCUGGUUUAUGCGGCUUUUGGGAAGGCUGAAUUGAAGAUAGUGAUAUAAAUAUCAUAAACACUUUCUAAAACAUUAAAACAUCGUGACAUUAUCGAGAUACUGAUCAGGAACAUAAUGGUCACUACCUUUUGUUUUCAGGAGAACUUAUUUUAAAUGCAAUAUCAUCUGACGAGACCAUUGCUUUAUUUAAUUAUACAGAUUUUUUUCAUUGUUGUUGCUUCUGUUAUAAACUCUGAACUUUUUAAAA